AUGGCAAAUCUUACUCGAUCAGCUCGUAUGGCUCAGGACUGUGUGGUUGGGUCGCUGGCUGCCUAUGAAGCUCUGCAUCAAGAAUGGACUGCAUUUGGUGAACGCUCACAACGAGACUGGGCUGCAUUCGGUCAACGGUUAGCCGCUCACAAAGAAAACUUGACGUCAAAACAGAAUGCGAUUGAUGCAUUUCUGGGGGAUCUGGAGCUGAUACCUAUUGCGGAGGUGGUUGACCCUCUUCCACUCAUCGAGAAUAUUGACGACUUCGAGCACGCGGAGUAG